GACUAAUUACAAAACACCAUCCAAUCCAUCAGAACAAGUUAUUUUCACUGUGCUUUUUAUUCUAUUACACUGUAGGUUCAGAGGCAAAAGACUGUAGAGCUCUUGCUGUGUGUCUAAAAGCUAGUUGUGAGAAGAGCAAAAUAUAUUUCAUUUGACCAAGAAGGGUGUUUUCACUGAUUGUGGUAGAAGAGCUGGUGUGUGAAAUCCAAAUCCUGUGCAAGCAGGCCAGAACAAUGAUAGCUGUUGGACUUGGUGUUGCAACUGUUGCAUUUGCAGGUCGUUAUGCUUUCCACCUUUGGAAACCGCUGGAGCAGGCAAUUACAGAGACAGCAAAGAGGAUUUCAACUUCUAGUCUUUCAUCAUACUAUAAAGGAGGAUUUGAACAGAAAAUGAGUAGGCGAGAAGCUAGUCUUAUUUUAGGUGUAAGUCCAUCUGCUGACAAGGCCAAAAUCAGAACAGCCCAUAGAAGAAUCAUGAUUUUGAAUCAUCCUGAUAAAGGUGGAUCACCUUACUUAGCAACAAAAAUAAAUGAAGCAAAAGACUUGUUGGAAUCCAGUGCCAAAAACUGAAAUCCAGAGUCCUGGGUCGUAGGAGAUUCAGCAGAUGCAUUGUGCAAUAGCUUCAUUUCUGCUUGCUCGGCACAGUUUCCUAAUGCUGCAUUGAUUUUUCCUAUUUAUUUUCAUAAUUAAAGUUUAAGAUUAUUUAAAAGAAAACUGAAAUAUUUUACAAUUGUGUAAAGUUAUAUACAGUUAUGCUCCUGCGAGGAGCAGGCAGUUGGAUUUGAUGAUCCAUAUGAGUUCCUUCCAACCCAAGAUAUUCUGUGAUUCUCUGUCUCAAUUUUGGUGUAUUUUUACUGAAUGAUCCAUUACAAGCGCUGAAAAUAUUCUCUUACUGUCAGUGUUUUUCUCCAGAAGUAGCAGCUUCUUUCAUUAAACUUUUGGAAUUCUUUAAAAUCUAAGAAAUAGUCUUAAAUACAGGGAUUUUUCUUCAUUGAGGAAGAUUUGACUAUUGCCAGAAAUUCUGUGACAAUGUUUUGAGUCACAGUAAGUAUGGCAGACUUGAUGGCAAGUUUUCAGCAUCACCUUACACUUGAAUCUCGUUCACUGGUCAAAUAGCAGGGUUUAUUUAUGAAUGCAGUUUGAGAGGUACAACUUUGAACAAAAUUACUAGCAAUACUACAGGUGGCGUUUUCCGUUAGCUAUAUGUAUGGUGUUUGAAGAUACAAAGGAAGAAUCUUGGUUUUGGUUAAUGUUUUGCAUACUAUAAGGUCUCUGAAAUUGUUAAAGAAUUAUUUGGACAUGCUUUUACUUUGGAUCACAGAGCACAUUUACUCUGCAGCAACUGUGGUGGUGAAGGGGUUUUCAUGAUGGUGGAACUGAAGAAGAUGGGUCCAUGUAGCAUGGAGUUCAGAUGGAGACAACUGUAUCCUGGGCUUGCAGGUGCGUCUCCCCCUGUACACUUUCUCAUGAGGCCCCAUCUGCAGGGGACCUUUGUGUUCAGAAAUGACUUUAAACUGAUAGAUAGAGUUAGAUUAGACAUUAGGAAGAAAUUCCUCACUAUGAAGGUGGUGAGAGACUGGAACAGGUUGCCCAGAGAAGCUGUGGCUGCUUCAUCCUGGGCAGUGUUCAGAUCCAGGCUGGACAGGGUUUUGAUCAACCUGGUGUAGUGGAAAGUGGCCCUGCCUGUGGCAGGGGGCUGAAAGUAGGUGGUCUUUAAAGUCCCUUCCAACCCAAACUACUCUAGGAUUGUAUGGUUUUAUAGGCUGUGGUUGUCUCAGUUCAGUCAUAUCAGCCUAAUGUAGGACUUGUAUAGCAGGGAACAAGCAGGACUGUGCUAAUGACAGUUGCUUUGCCUAUGGCUCUAACUGGGUUAUUUCUCCAUUAAUUCUUACAUCUCUGCAUUAUACUUCAUUAUGUGAAGUAUUGUACAUACCUCCUUAUGUAGCACCCUAGCAACCUAGGGCAGGCUUCAGGGAAUAUUGCAGUAAUGGGUCUCUGCCUUUAAAGAGAAGGUUUAAUUGACAGCUGAGACUAGGUGCUAUUCUGGGCACUUGGCUGCUGCAAAUUCCUACCAGUAAGUUGGCUGCAGAGGAGUUAACACUCUUAAGAGUAUGAUGAUGAGUGGAGACAGUAUAGUGGGUUCAGUGCAAGACUGAAAAGUGUGCUAGUAUCCAUUCAAACUCAUAUCAUUUGAGGUACAACAAACUCGCUAAAGUGCUACAAAUAUAAAAUUUAGAUAUCCCAUUUCCUAGGUUAUUUAGCCAGAGGAAAGUGGCUAAGAGCAGUUAAAUAAUUCAAGCAUCCAACCUCACUUUAUCCACCAGAACAUGCCUUUAUCUGUUCAUCCAUGGUGGAUGCCCACAUCAUACAGAUUUUUCCUUGAAGAAAAAAUUGGAUUUUUUUUUUCUUUUUUAUCAGGUUCCUCCCAUGUUGUCAACAACUUUCUUAUUUUCAUUAAAGAGGAAUGAAAAUGGCUUAAGUUGACCCUGGAGGAAAAUACUAACUUUAGGUAAUUUAUAGACUUCUUCACAGCUAGAGUGACAAGACCUAGGACACAACGUGACUGGGUAGAGCAAAACAGGCUACAAGCAAAAACCUGCCUGGUAAUAGGCAAACACUGGAUGAGUAUCAUACUUGCGUCAUUAAACUAAUGCUCUAAUACAAAAAAAGCUUUCAUUUAAAGAUAGUGAGCUUUGUUCCCAUGCAGUAGCCUUAAUUGGUUUUUGCUAAAGGAGUAACCAGUAAUUAAUGCACGUUCAAGAUAAGUUAGUCCUUUCACUGGUGUAGCAGGAAGUAUUAGCAAGAAGAAAAAAAUCAUGAAGGUCUUUAUUUUGGGAGGAGUGAAGUAAAAUGGUGGGGUUAUUCCUAAUUUUAAGUGGAGUCUGUAAGUGCUCAGAGUCAUUGUUCAAAAGCAAAAUUGAUGUGUAUGGUAGGUAGCAAAACCGUUCUCCAAUGAUUUUGAAGGGACUAGUUGUUCACAUAUGGUAAACAACUUUUAUUAUUUAUUUUCCCUGAGUAAAAUGAAAUGUAAAAGAGGUAUUCUAAGAUGCCAACUAAAACAAAUGCAUUAAAGAUGGCCACUUGUUCUGUUCCUGAAACUUAACUUCCCAUGUCUCUGUUUUAUUUUUGUGGGAUCGUGUUGCUUAUCAUUUUCUUGCUGUUCUAAUUAUUUUUAUCUGUUUGUUUUGGUGAAAACACACUUUUUUCUGGUCUUCAGUUGUAAGAAAGCUUGUUCUCAAUAAAAUGCACUAAAGCCAA